AUGUCAGACAAAACUGACCAGCUCACGUCCGACGUAUAUGCCCUUUGGCUCACCGUUAGAACGCCGGGGUCACAAGCCCUUGACAUCCUGGUGGUUUAUCGACCACCGUCGAACGACCCACAGUCAGCCACUAGCCUGAUAGAGGAAGUUGAAGCAUUUGCCAUGCGAUCCAAUGUCAUAGUUAUGGGCAAAUUUAACGCUCCGCAUAUCGACUGGAACCUCAAUUCUGCAACCGGUACAGAGGAAAUUCCGACCAUUGACUCAGCCGAGCUCACGGAAGUUACUGUUCUGCAAGAACUUCUUAAGCUCCAAGACACGAAGUCGCCAGAUCCGGAUGGCAUACCUACAAAGCUGUUGAAAGAGCUAGCCAUGGAGUUGACAGAACCCCUGCUAACUGCCACGCGAUUGGAAGACAGCAUGGAUCUCACCCAUGCACAAAAGUGGGAGUCGGGCGUCCGCAAACAACUACAGGCCGAUAAGCCUUACUUCCAUAUGCUGCAAGACUAUGGAGCGAAUUUUCAAAAUAGAGUUGAUGCAUUUCUUAGAGCGCCAUCGAAUCCUUUCUGA